AUGUGUGAUUGCCAGGCGCCUUGUUCUGGUGAUGGUACUCUGCGUAAAUCGCCCGAUCUGUGGUCCAGAUGGCAUCCUAAUGCCGGCCUCAGCUGUCACAGGCUACAGCGUUCAAUUUUGAAACGUACGGCUACUCUGGUGAAGGUUGGAGGCGUUAUUGUAUAUUCGACUUGUGCAUUGAAUCCGAUUGAAGAUGAGGCUGUGGUGGGCAGUGUUGUGGCGGCAUCUGAGGGAGCGUUGGAGUUGGGAGAAUGGAAGGAGGCUCCGAAGGGUCUUAAAUAUGAGAAGGGCGUUUCGUCGUGGAAGGUUAAGAGCGGCGGUCGAUGCUUUGGAAAACAGUAA